AUGACCAGGGGAGACCUCUGCAGCUCACAGCAAUCCUUCAAAGCAUACCAGGGAGGUGUUCAGAGCAAGAACAACGUGGUUGUCGGAUUGUACAUAGACAAGUUCACUGAAGCCCGAGACUUCCUUGGCCGAAACAAGCUCAUCACUUGCAGUGGUGGUGGUCGUUACUUGGACAUCAAGACGCGCAUGUUUCUUCGCAAGGAUACUAAGCCAGAUGUUAUUCCCCGGUGGGAGGCCGCACUUCAUACUCCUAUCAUCGUCAUCAUGGGUAAGGAACAUCCACAAUUUCAAAGCCUCAAUUUACCAAGUGUUGUGCGCAAACGUGGCGCCUUUGUUGAGCUAGGCGCAUUCAUGGUGACCAAGAUCUGGAAUGAGAGGGUGCAGCAAUCCAACGAGAAAGGAGUCCACGUUUACAAAGUUUGGAAACUCAUGCUCCAGACUUUGGAUCCCACUUCAAAGCCAUGGUACUGGAAAGAGGUUAUCCCGAACACCAUGACCAUUGAUGGUCCUCAUCAACCAGAGAAAACAGAUCCUCAGACCAGCAACGGCACCGAGUCACCUGUAUCUGGGCUCCUGGAGGCAACUUGCAUCCGAUGUAAGAGGGAAGGUCCCAAGGUCUUUGAAAAUGCAACUUGGGUCUGUCUCAAGGAAGACUGUGAUGCAUUCUUCAAAGUUGGUAGUGAGGAAUUGGCCCAGAUUGGAGACGACAACAAGGAGCUUCGAUAUUCUGAAGACUUCAUCAACCACAACACAACUUACAAAGACAUCAACAACAUUCCUACUAUGUUUGAGCCGCUCCCGGAGGCUUUGGCAGAGGAUGGUGGGAUUUUCGGCACGGAAGCCUUUCGACGCAGUGGCAUGACCUGCCCUGAGUGCCGUUGCGCUAGUGCUCGGAAACACUGGGUCGGACUGAAAUGCCCAAACUGUGGCUUCGAGUACAACAUGCCUCCUAUACCAUACCCUCUGAGUUUGGUAGAGGAGGAGACGAAGAGACACACGAAGACAUGCCGCGUCAAGGAUGAUGGGGUGACCAUCAAGCUUGGGGAAGCUCAUGUUGACAAGUUUGUUGAGAACGAUGAAGAUUGCCUGUCCACUCGAUUCAUUUAUAUGAUCAUGGAUGACAAUGGAUACUUGGUUGGAACUCUUGUGGUCGAGCGGCCCAGCGAUGCUUCCAAGAAAGCCCCUGGUGGCGCUGAUGAGCUGUACACCAGCAUUGAAGCAGAUGGCAGCAGCAUGGAUCUCCAGCGAAGCCCUGUUCGCUGCGCAGGCACUGGUGCUGAGCAGUUGACCGGCCACUUUCAGUCAAACUUUGGUGCUCUCUAUGAAUUUGGCCAGAAGAGAAUUGGCACAAAGCCCUUUGAGACCGCUCCUGAUGUGGUUUUGAAGUCCCUGGCCUACUUGAAGCACUUUGGCCAGAAGGCUCUUGCAAGCUCUCAGAAAAUCGCUUCCAGAGAGAAUUACCGACACACUGCUGGCUCCACCCUUCACACGCCUCAGAAGCCUUUCAACGAAUUACUGGCUCUCGCGUACAGAGAGGAUGACAAGAUCAGUUGGCAUGAUGAUGGAGAGGCCCAAUUGACAGGUGUCAUAAGCACGGCCUCUCUUGGAUCCCCUGGCAAGAUGUCACUGCGGUUCAAGAAAUCCAAGACUGCCAUGAAGGAUGGCAACAAACCCCAUGAAAGAGCGUCGAUCCUGGAAGUGCAGCUUCGUCAUGGAGAUGUGGCCACCAUGUGCGACACUCAGCUUCAAGCUCUCACUGAUCAUGCAGUAGAUCCAAAGGGCAUACGACGCUAUGCGAUGACCUGUCGGACGAUCAACCUCAAGUACUACAGGCAGGCCAGCGAGAAGAAGAAGCUUGCUCAGAAAGGCCUGACCGUGGAAGAUAUGGAGAAGGCGGCACAAAUCCCAGACCAUGCCCUCAGCUUUGCCUACAAUGGCACCAAGUUGAGCGACUAAAAGGGAGCAGCCUGCUUAGAUGUGGGCACACGUCAGCUGCCUUCUCUGCCACAGCCUUGCCCAGUUGGUAUCCUGGGCCAGCCCAGUAUCUGCUACUAGUAAGACAUGGUCCACUGGGACUUG